AUGGCCACCAGCAAUCCCCUCGGAAGGAUCGCGAAUUUUGGGACUACGACGAGAGCCUUAGCAAAACGAUUCUGGACAGCCUUCUACGCGAAGUGCAAACGAUUGUUUGUCUGGCUGAAAUGUUUCGUCCGGACUGUAUUUCACGGUGCAGAGAAGGAAGCAGAAAAGCCUGUCGUUUCCAGUACCUGGGGUUACGCUCUGUGGCAUUGCGGUAUCCAUAUCAUUCCAUUACUAGCAACGAUCGCGCUAGCAUACUUCAAUUUCCAUGGUCUUUUCAUUGGCAAUGUCUUGCAAAGCCUUUAUAACGACACAGCUCAGGCCAUUGAUCGCCUCAGUUUGCAGGUAGCGGCGAAGCUCCUAGAACUGCUCAUUAUUGCCUCGUUGGGUGUGGUCAUCAUGGACACAGUUAGAGACAAAUUGCUAUUUGACGAUAAUGAGGGUAUCCCGCUUGGACUCGUCACAGCGAAAAGCCGCUUUGCAGAUAUCACCUAUCUUCUAUCGCACGACUUUCGCGCAGGUUGCUGGGGUUUCCAAAAACGCAGGACCCGAAUUCUUUUCAUUAGCCUGAUUACAGUUUACUCUCUUAUUGCCAUUCUUGCUGGACCUUCAACCGCCCUCCUGUUAAUACCCGCUUACUACACAUCCUGGCCCGCUAGAAGCGUCUCGUUCUGGUUCAAUGGAGACCUACAGCCUGCGAUAUUAGACCAGAACUAUACUGGCAUUUCAAAAUGCACCGACUAUGCCAACAACUCCACUUUAUUAUCUGAUCGUGGCCCGCCAUCAGCAUCUUGCAUCUGGGCCGGCCAGCAAUACUUGUCGACUGCGCUUCGUCAAAGGGCCUAUUACGACGAUCCUGACAUUUCUUACACUGACAGCAAAGUGAAACAAGUGAUUUCAUUAACAUGGGGAGUUUCGAACUUCAAUAUAUGGAGCGAUACGGUGCGAGUCACAGCUGUCGCAAUCCCUAACGCCGGCUCUGGACCCCAAUCUUUCUGGAUGGACAACCCUAGCUUCUACGCUACAAGAGGUCUUCGCGAGGGCAAUUAUCCCGCAUUAGACAAGCAAGACUUGUUCAUCGCAGUUGGUUCGAUUGUAGCGAGUUUCGUCGUCGACGGCAUGUCUCGCAUAGGCUACGUCGAGAAUCACAUCGACGCACUCAACACCGAUCUUAGCUCGGAUGCGAUCUACAAGAAGAUUCUCCAUAGCGGCCUGGAACUCGAUCCCAUCCCAGCGCUCCGACAAUCCGGGCAAAAAUAUGUGUGGUCGGCAACGGUCGAAGGAUACGGGAUGAAGGCUACGAGCACGGCCUACUAUCUUGCAUUUACCGUGCUUUCGGUAUACGUGCUCGUGGUUCUGGUCCAUAUUUCCUAUACGCUUUUCCGACGCCGCGUAAGCGAUUCGUGGUCAACGCUCACGGACUUGCUAGUCUUGAGUCAGAGUUCGCCUGCGCCAGCUGAUGUUUUGAGGAAUACUUCGGCUGGGAUCGCUACACAUGGUACGCUGAAGACACAGCUAACGAUUCGCGAAAAUCCCGGUGUAACUGUAGAUCAAGAGAAGCUACAGUUACUUUUUGGUGAGGAUGGAAAAGCACCAACCCUUAAGAAGAUAAGGCAGGGUAAUGUAUAUGGUGUCAAAAGCUGA